CACCUUGACACCUUUGGAUCGCGCCCGAUGGCGACGCCCGAUGGCAGCAGUGGGCUUCCACACAUGAUUCCGGGUCUGCGUACGCUGCAUCAUGCGCAGAUCACCAAAGCGCACCACCGGAAGAGCCACGCCAUGGCGCGCAUCCUGGCAGGCAAUGAGGACGUCGUGCCAGCGAUGCGGCGCGACGGGCCGCCGCCGCCGCGAGAGGACCCACCGCCCGAGCCCAAGGCGUCCUUUUCCGAGCCAAGCUCCCGCUAUUAUAGCACGCCGUCACUGCCAACGUGGGUCACGAACGAUCGCCAAGUGCUGCGGUUUUACUGCUACUUUGAAGAGCCGUCGCACUACGCGCCGCUGUCGCUCGAGGCGCCGUCGGGCCCGUCGCGCGUGCGCCGGCUCGUGCUGCUCUACUACCUCUCGGACGCGUCCAUUGAAGCGACCGAGCCGCGCGUCGCCAACAGCGGCCUCGCGCAAGGACGCUUCCUCGCGCGAUCAGCACUGCUGUCGCCGACCGGCAUGCCGUUCACGCCGUCCGACUUUGCCCUUGGUCAAACGAUGCGACUCAAAGGCCACACGUGCAAACUCGUCGACUGCGACGCGACGACGCGCGAGUAUUACGCCAACGUACUGCAGCGGCCCCAGCCAAUGGCGCUGCCGUACCCCGACACGCCGUCGGCCUCUGCCUACAGCGAGAUUGCAGCGAUCAAGCAGCCGCCACAGCCAGCAGAGAAGAAGAAGGCAGCCGCCAAAGUGCAGCAGUUUAUGCAGUACAGCACGCACGUGCUUCGCUUCUAUUGCUCGUGGGAAGACCCGCAUCCGUUGUACCCCGAGACGCGCCGCUUCACGCUCCACUACUUCCUCGCCGACGACACGGUCGAAGUGCGCGAGGCCCGGGCGGCGCGGGAUAGGCGUGGCAGCGGCCAGUCGUUCGCUGUGCUUCUCUCACGGCGGUCCCUGCCGAUAGAGGACGAGACGCGACAUGUGCGGCCAUUGGACUUGCGCUGCGGCAACGAGAUCUUCGUCUUUGGCCGCGUCUUUCAUCUCGACGACUGCGACGCGUUUACGCGGCAGUACUACCUCACGCAGCAUGGCAUCACGCAAGAGCCGUCCGAGACCGCCACGCCCAGUAGCAACCAACGCUCGAACGAUACACCCAACGGCGACGAAGACGACAACAAUGGGUCGCUUCUCCAGCAUCUGGUGCGCGAAAAGGCCAAGAAGCCUGACCGCCGGGCCACCACGCAGUGCCUGCGCUUUCGAGCCGUCUUUGCUCCAACCCCCGAGCUACCGCCAGCGCAAGCCGCACGGUCGUUUGUGCUGACAUUGCACCUCGCCGACGAGACGCUAGCGAUCUUCGAGCCAACGGUACCCAACUCGGGGCUCCGCGGCGGGAAAUUCCUCGAUCGCGGGGCAUACAAGGUGCUCACGCACGGUGGCGCAGCACGGUACUUGAGGCCGUCCGACUGCUGCGUUGGCGCAACGCUGACGUUCGCACUAACACCCAAGCAACCGUUCCGGCUCGUCGAGGCCGAUGAACAAACGCUGGCGUACUGCGAGGCGCACCCGGACGUCUUUGAGCACGCCGACAUUGAUCGCGUGCUCGCCACAGUGGCGUCGGUCUUGCACGAGCGCGGCACCAACCUGCGGCGCGUCUGCAACGCGGAAAGUCGCGGCUGUCUCGGUGUCGACGGCAUGAACGGCGUGCUCCGACGCCGACUGCAUCUCGACCAACAACUCCACCCGCAUGCGUGGCUCACGCUCGCCCGGCGCUUUGUGCAACCAACAACAACGGCUGCCGAGUUUUGCGAUGCCGUCGUGCGCGCGUCGGCGGCGGCGACACCCAGCGACGGCUCGUUCUGGAGCCAACUGCGGCAGAUUCCGGCCGACCUCCGCUUAUCGAUCGCCCGCCUCGACACGGAGGCGUCGGGGCAUGCGUCGGUACGACUGCUCGAGCGUCUCCUCGCGUUUUACGCGCUGUCGGCGCCCGACGGACUCUGGGCGUCGUACAUGUCGGUCGACGGCUUUGUCGACUACCACCCGUUCUUUGACGAUGUGUACGACUGCGACUGGAGCCAUGGCAACAACAACGACCUCGAAUGUGAUGAGACUACCGAGAAGGACGAGAGCGUGCCCCGGCUGCCGCCCCAACCGACUCUAAUCGACGAGCGAGGUCCCUUGUACAUCCCGACCUAUCGCUCGCAGCUCGACACGGCGCGCUUUGGCGUCGUUCCGCUACCUGCCAACGAUGCACCGGAGCGCGACUCCGACCACGAACCAGCCGUCACAGCGUCUUUGCGCUCCGUCUCCUUGGCGACGACCGCAGGCUCGUCGCACCAGUCACUCUCAGUAGCCGCUUCGUCGAUCGCGUCGCCUGCGUCACGGCACUCGUCACGUCCGACGUCGGCGCGCGCCAACACCUCGCGGAUGACACCGACCGAGAUCGGGUCGCUACUGUCGGGGCGGUUCCAAACCACGAGCCAACACAUGCACGCGCAGGUGGCGCAGGCGCUCACGGAGCGGGCCUCGACGUCCUGCGCGGCGACCAAGUCGCCCUCGUCGACCGCCUCGUCAGUUGCAUCGACACCCCGUGCGGCCAAUGUAUUGACACCCGAGAUGCGCGCGGCGCUCUACACGACGACGGCCAUGGGCGUGGGAAGCGGCCUCUCCAAAGCCCAACGCGCCGCCGACGCGACGCAGGCGCGGUCCCACGCCAUUGUGGAGCGGGCCAAAGCCAAGUUCCGACAGCACGCGACAACGGCCACCAACGUGACAGCGAUGGACCCGGCGGUGCGGACGCUCCUCACGACCGCACUCGAUGGCGCCAAGUACAGUCUCCGGCAAGCCCUCGUCGCGCUCGACAGUGACGGCAGUGGCUAUCUGCGGGAAGAUGCAGUCAUGGCGGCGCUACGCAGUCUGCAGGCGCCGCUGUCCGACGACGACUUGUACCUAAUUGCGGCCGACCUCUUUCCGCAUCCGGGCUCCGUAGUUCACUACAAGGCGCUGCUGGACGAGCUCUUUGGCGUGGCCCACGCGGGCGGCGGCACGGCAAACGUAUCGCCCGCGAGCUAAGCCAAUGGUGGCAGUGAAUAUCUCGCCGGUUCAACCACAA